GCUUGCUCUGGGGAGGUGAGAUGGACCCCACGGAGCGAAGCAGGCUUGGAGACAAGUUUCGGGUUCAUAUUUCGAAACUCGUCGAUUUGUUGGGAAAGCCUAACGUUUCCGAUUUUUUUCCGGUUUUGGCUAGGUUUGAUUUUCAGGGAAUCGCGAAAGAAAUGAGGGGUGUGGUGGUGGAGGUGGAACGAAUUUUGGAUUGUUUUAUCGAUGCGAAAGUGAAGAGCAUGGCGGCUGGUGGUGGUAUGGAGGGUGAAGAAAGGAGUAAGGACUUUAUGGGAAUUCUUUUGGAGCUCAAGGAUAAGCAACUCGGAGAAGGCUCAACAUUUGGUUUAACUCAAAUCAAGGCGAUUUUGAUGGAUAUUGUUGCCGGCGGGAGCGAUACUACGGCAACGAUGGUCGAGUGGGUGAUGACCGAGCUUUUGCACAACCCGAGUAUAAUGCAAAAAGUGCAGCAAGAAGUAACAAAUGUUGUAGGAGCGAACAACGUCGUUGAAGAAUCCCACGUAUCGAAACUGCACUACCUCGAAGCGGUUGUAAAGGAAACAUUCCGCCUACAUCCUCCAUUGCCACUCCUCGUUCCAAGGUAUCCGAGUGAAUCUUGCACGAUCGGAGAGCACACAAUCCCAAAGGGGUCAAGGGUCUUCUUGAACAUGUGGUCAAUCCACAUGGACCCGCAUGUUUGGGAGAAUCCUUUAAUAUUUCGACCCGAGAGAUUUUUGAAUGAUAACUCCGAAAAAUUUGAUUUCAUUGGAAACAACGUGGAGUAUCUUCCGUUCGGGUCGGGGAGAAGGGUGUGCCCUGGUAUUCCGUUGGCUGAGAAGAUGGUAAUGUAUUUGUUGGCUACGCUCGUUCAUACGUACGAGUGGGGGUUGCCGGAGGGACAUAAGAUUGACUUGUCGGAGAAAUUUGGGAUUGUCAUGAGGAAAGAAACACCACUAAUUGCUGUUCCUUAUCAUAAAUAACCAAAUAUGAACUUGUAUUGUAUGCAUAAUUAUAUUAUGUUUCUUGUAUCUAUCAUGUUACCUUAGUGUGACCAUUAUCGGUCACUUUAUUCUAUACUUUGAUGAUCCUACAUCACAAAUCACAA